GGCGGGGCGGGGGCUGUGCGGGGCUGAGGGCGGCGGUCGCUCAGGUGCGGAGCCGUGCCGAGCUGUGCCGAGCCGUGCCGGGCGGUGCCGAGCCGUGCUGAGCGGUGCCCCCCGGAGCCGCCGUGCCCCAUGUCGGCGCCGUUCGAGGAGCGCAGCGGGGUAGUGCCCUGCGGGACGCCGUGGGGCCGCUGGUACCAGACGCUGGAGGAGGUGUUCAUCGAGGUGCGCGUCCCGCCGGGCACCCGCGCCAAGGACGUGCGGUGCAGCCUGGGCAGCCGCGACAUCGCGCUGGCCGUGCGAGGGCAGGAGCUGCUGCAGGGUAAACUUUUUGACUCUACAGUAACUGAUGAAGGAACAUGGACAUUAGAAGACAGGCAGCUGAUACGAAUUGUUCUAAUGAAGACAAAUAGAGAUGCUGGAAAUUGUUGGAAAUCUCUGUUAGAAAAUGAAUAUGCUGCUGAUCCUUGGGUACAGGACCAGAUGCAGAGGAAGCUCACACUGGAACGAUUCCAAAGAGAGAACCCUGGAUUUGACUUCAGUGGGGCAGAAAUUUCUGGAAACUACAGCAAAGGAGGACCAGACUUUUCUAGUCUUGAAAAGUAAACUUCAUCUGUGUUCUUUUAGAGGACUUACAUGUUACAGUUAAGGACUGGAAUCAUGGAACUGGUGAAGACUUCAGUGCUCUCUUCAAUGGAUUGUUGUCAGAAGUAAUUACUUAAGUGAAGAGAAGGUCUCUUCCAGCAGAAUGAAGAUAAAAUGUUACCAGCUGAUUUAUAAGCUGCAAUUACCUUAUUACCUAAGGGACAAAUUAUAGAGAAAGGUGUACAUAAAAAACUAACAUCUUUGAGCA